AUGAGAUUGGGUAUACAGGUGGCUGGCUUUAACUGCAAUGGUAAAAUCUUGUUUUUUAUCAAAGAUGGCAUUGAGGUGGAAGUAUUGAUGAACUCUGAUCAGCAGGUUACUCUUAAGCUUAAUUUCCUAGACAGUGGCAGAGUGUUAAUCACUACCUUGGUUUAUGCAAAGUGUGAUGCUGUGGAUAGAUUGGGCAGUCCUUUUACUUGGUGGAAUCGUAGAGCUGGGGAAGAUUGCAUAUUCAAAAGAUUGGACAGGAUUUUAGUCAAUAAUCAGUUGCAAGAAUGGUUCGGUAAUCUACAAAUGGAACACCUAUCCAGAACUGGAUCAGAUCAUGCACCACUUUUGCUUACAGCAGGAGAACAAGUUCAGCAAUUCUCCAAGCCUUUUAGAUUUCUAAAAUUUUGGAUAGAUCAUGAGUCUUUCUUGUAUACAGUGGAGCAACAUUGGAGUACUGAUUUUGUUGGAGAUGCUUUUAUUACUUUAAAGUUGAAAAUGAAGAAGUUGAAAACUACUCUAUCAGUAUGGAGUAAAGAGACUUUUGAUGAUAUCUUUAAGCAAUUAACUAUUAGAGAGGACAUUGUUAAGAUCAAAGAGAUGUUGUUUGAAGAGGAUACCUCUGAAAUUAAUAGAAUGGUUUUGCAACAUGCUCAAGCUGAAUUCAAAAGAUAUAUGCAUUUUGAAGAAGAGUUUUAG